AGUGUUUAAAAGAACUAGAAAUGUGAGCGCAUGUGCUUAGUGUUAGCCAGUCAGUGAUUGGCUUUCCGAGAGCUAACAAGCGGGUAAAAUAGACCAAAAAUCAUGGAAAUGAUAGCAUCAGCCACGGAAGGAGAAAAUGGAUGAUGUUAAUACAAAUAUUACCAAAAAGCAACAGCCCUUAGAUAUAAGUACGCAGUUAGACAAGAUGUUUGAAAUACGAUUGUCCCCUCGGCGGCGGAAAGGAUUACCACCUUAUUCGAGCACCAAGUGGCCGACAGUGCAACUUAGUUUUAGUGCUAUAAUUGUUAUUUUAUUCGCCCAACUUUUUACUGGAUGCAAUGCGGUUCCUAGUAAAGAAGGGCUUGUGGAUUUCAUUGAGGAGUUUGAAAUUCCCAAACUGCCAUCCGGCGUUACACCCGUUCCCGGCAUGUGCAAUGAAUCCCGCAACGAGUACCAGUCGUAUCCAGCUGCGGCCUACAACCUUAACCAGGACACGGUCCUAAGUGUGGGAACGGGUCAAAUUUUCCCCACUGGCUUUCCUCAGGAUUUUUCCCUGUUGGUUGUAUUGCGCGCAGCCCCGAAUCAAGUUCGGGUGCCCCUGUUUUCGAUAUAUUCCUCCGAAUCGGAAGAAGUACUUAUGCUGAUGGUCGGAAUGGAGGUUGCCUUGUACUAUCAAGAUACCGACGGCAACCCAGAGGAGGAAAGUUUGAUCAGUUUUGGGACCAGCAUUGACGACGGACGAUGGCAUCGGUUGGGGGUCAGCGUUAAGGGAGAUUCUGUCACCCUUAUUAUGGAUUGCAAUACGCAAAUCACACGGCCACUUAAAAGAACAGCAACUUCAAUCAUUGCUACCGAUGGAUUGGUCCUAACCGGCAUGCAACUCAGUGAGGAAGAUGGCUUUUUCACUGGAGACCUACAACUGUUUAUGAUAGCGAAUACACCGGACGAAGCCUAUCACAUUUGUACAAAAUAUGCUCCAGACUGUCUCGGUUCUGGCGCAUAUGGAUCAGUGCACGUCACGUCUGGUAUCCAUAGUACGUCAAUUCACAGUUCAUCAAUAUCCAACGGAUCAACUACUUCGUAUCGGCAAAGCCUAAACUCUGGAAGUUCAUUAGAUCAAAUGAACAGAGCUGCCGUGGCUUCUGUAUCGUCGAUAAGCGCAUCCGCUGGAAAUCAACAACACACAGGCCAUCGAGAGUUUGUGGAUCUAUCCGGGGAUGUGGAGGGUCUUGAAAUUAUAGGCGAGGACGAUGAUUAUUACAACAAUCUUGAACUGGAGGGAGAAACCAAACGACAUACUACUACAAGCACGCAGAGAACUAUCGAAGAACGCUACGAUGUGGAGGCUGAAAACUUAACGUCCUAUGAUGGCUACGAUCGAUAUGGUAGGAGACCGAUUCUUCCUCUUCCGGAUCCAGAGUUUGAUUCGUCGGCAUCCAGUAAUGGCCGCCCCGAAGGCGAAGGACCUGAUCACGAAGCUGAGCUCGGUGGUGAUCCUACAGUUGGCAUUUCCGAGGAUACAUCAGUUUCUCUACCGGGUCUACCGUCAAGAAAUCAUAGCGGUGUGAUCGUACGAACGGUGGUGGGACCAAGAGGUAUUCCGGGUGAGCCCGGACCGAAAGGUGAACCCGGUCGGGAUGGUUUACCCGGUCAGGGUGGACCAUCAGGUCCGCCCGGUCAUGUGUUUAUGAUUCCCCUAAGCCAAACGGGCAAUGAAAAAGGUCCUGACUCUGGGGCUGAAGCAUUUCGUCAGCUACUGUCACAGCACAUGAUGGCAAUGCGAGGACCCGAUGGUCCUAUGGGGUUGACUGGUGUUCCGGGACCGGUUGGUCCGCCUGGCCCGGAAGGAACGAAAGGUGAACCGGGCGAUAUAGGAGAACCAGGUCCACGUGGGCUGCGUGGAGCCAUCGGAUUACCUGGACGCGAAGGCAGACGAGGAAGAGCCGGCAGGGAUGGUGAACGAGGUGCUGUAGGACUACAGGGCUUGAAAGGAGAACCCGGCCCCGUUGGAUUACCAGGUAUUCCCGGGGAAAAGGGAGAUCGUGGACGGACAGGAAAUGCUGGAGAGAAAGGUGCUCAAGGUCAUGAAGGAAUACAAGGAGAGGAUGGUCCACCGGGGCUGCCAGGUCUACCUGGGGAACUGGGUCCGCGUGGGUUCACGGGGCCACGUGGCUUUCCAGGCCCAACUGGGAAUCCAGGUAUUCCAGGAACAGAAGGGUUACCAGGAGUAAAAGGAAACCCAGGUCCCCAAGGCCAACCUGGAGCACCGGGUCAAUCAGGACCAACAGGCCCUGUGGGACCUCCCGGGCCCCAAGGGAAUAUGGGUCCACCAGGAAUUCCUGGACCCCAUGGAAAGCCAGGUUUACCAGGAUUGCCAGGGGCUGAUGGUUCUCCUGGUCGUGAAGGUAACCCGGGGAUUGUUGGCCCGAAAGGAGAUAUGGGUCCACAGGGUGUCCAGGGUUCCAUUGGUUUUCCUGGUAAUCGUGGCCCGAAAGGUGAUGAUGGGGAGAGAGGUGUUCCGGGGGAUAAAGGAGAUAAAGGGGAACGAGGUCAUGAUGGUGAAAAGGGUGACAUGGGACCUUCUGGGGAAAGAGGUCCUACCGGACCACAGGGUGUAUCUGGUAUUGAGGGACCAGAAGGACCAAAAGGAUUCGAGGGUCCACGAGGGGAACCUGGACUGAUGGGUUUGUCGGGAGAAAAGGGUAAACAGGGCAUUCAAGGGUUCCCUGGAUAUGCUGGUGCAACUGGUGAUAAAGGCGAUAAAGGGUCCGUUGGCCUUCUUGGUUUACCGGGUGAUAAAGGAGAAAGGGGCAACGCGGGUUUACAAGGAGACCGUGGUGAGGUCGGACCAAGAGGAUUCAGAGGUACAAGAGGUCGAAGAGGAGCAGAUGGAACACCUGGGCCGAAGGGUGAUACUGGUCAGCCAGGUGCUCCUGGAGUGCAAGGCGAAAUAGGUCCUCAAGGUUUAGAAGGUCCACGAGGGUUCAUUGGUCUUCCUGGACCACAAGGGAAUAAUGGAAAAGACGGCCCCCAGGGAAUACCAGGCGAACGAGGACCACCUGGAGAGAAUGGAAAUCCAGGCCCAAUAGGAGCUCCAGGUGUGAUUGGACCCCAAGGAUCGACCGGAGAGCCGGGACCUGUCGGAGAACCUGGAAUACCAGGAUUGCCCGGCAUGCCAGGUGAACCUGGAGUUCCGGGUGAUACUGGCAAAGAAGGACAAGUCGGACCUCCUGGGCCUCCGGGGAAAAAUGGACUACCAGGAGGACAAGGGUUACCUGGAUUCCCAGGAGAGCGUGGUGCAAUGGGAAUGCCCGGAUUUCCUGGAUUGAAAGGCGAAAUUGGACUACCAGGUCAGCCGGGACCAAUAGGGGAUAAAGGUCAACCAGGAGAACCGGGGAAAGAAGGACCACCUGGCCCUGAGGGACGAAGAGGACCACCGGGUGCUACAGGUCCGAUCGGAUUAAAAGGAGAACGUGGGGAAAUGGGUCUGAUAGGAGCUAUCGGUCGUGAUGGUCUUCCUGGCCCACGUGGAUUAACAGGACCACCAGGGCCACAAGGUCCGCCCGGAGAAGAUGGUGAUAAGGGCGAUGUAGGGUCUCCCGGCGAGAAGGGUUUCAAAGGAACACAAGGUGAAGCGGGACCGGUCGGUUCUCCUGGAGCACAAGGCAGUCGCGGCGAGCCGGGUGCAGUUGGGCCUCCAGGCGAGAAAGGCCCACCGGGAGAGAUGGGUCGAGCUGGUUCGAAAGGCGAGGAUGGGCCAACGGGUCUACCUGGAGCAGCGGGGCCUGCCGGACCACAAGGAAUGCCAGGGCCUCCAGGUAUGAAAGGAGGUCGUGGAGAUGAUGGACCGGUUGGGCCAAACGGUCCUGUUGGUCCCCCGGGUGAACCCGGCAGAAGAGGACCUCGAGGAGCUGAUGGUCCCUCGGGAGCUACUGGUCCACCAGGGCCUCAAGGUCUGGCUGGCGAACCUGGAGCGCAGGGUCCACCUGGACCUGUGGGUCCAGAAGGGAAGGAAGGCGAAAAAGGCAAUGUAGGACCGAAGGGAGAGGAAGGGAAAAGUGGUGCACCAGGCCCCCCUGGAAAACGGGGUCCAGCUGGACCCGAAGGACCGAAAGGCGUGGUUGGCGUCCCCGGUUUUCCUGGUAAUCCAGGUGAACCAGGUGUUGUGGGUCCUAAGGGUGAUAUCGGAAAAGAUGGAGAGGAUGGAAAGCAAGGUGAACCGGGGCAAACGGGUGAACCAGGACCUGCUGGUCUGCCGGGUGAAGUUGGCCCACCAGGUAAAAUGGGACCAGAAGGACCAGCUGGAUUACAGGGGACACCAGGACUUCCGGGUGAGAAAGGUGAUCGUGGAUUGCCUGGGCCGCUAGGAAACAUUGGUCAAACAGGCCCGCAAGGUAUGCCGGGAGCUCAAGGAUUGCCGGGAUUGCGAGGAUCACCUGGACCUUCGGGAGAAAUCGGUCCAGUAGGUAAACCAGGUGAAACGGGACCACCGGGUAAGGCUGGCGAAACGGGGGCAAGAGGACAAAAGGGCGAUCGAGGAAAGCGAGGACCUAAAGGUCACAGAGGAGAACUUGGAAUGGUGGGUUUGAAGGGUGACACAGGAGAAAAAGGUGACAAAGGCAUCAAAGGCAAUUCUGGUCCAGAAGGACCAAAAGGACCUCCGGGACCGAUGGGACUAAUUGGUUUGAAAGGAAAUGAUGGACCUCAGGGAGCACCUGGGCUUGAAGGAUCGUUGGGACCGAAGGGGUCUGAGGGAGUGGCAGGAAUGAGAGGUGAUCCAGGUCUGCCAGGCCCACCAGGUCCUCCAGGUCCCCCGGCGGAGGCUCCUCUUAUUCCUCCCGAAUUGUUGUUCAGGAUGAGUGAGUUCUCUAUUACUAAGGGCGAAGACAGAAUGAAACGAGACGUGGAAGAUGUACUGGAAGAGGAAGAUGACUUCGACGAAGAACUACUGAAAAUCGAACCGAAGAAAAAGAAAAAAAAGAAGAAGGUUAAGGAUGAUCUGGGUCCAAAGUUCUUGGACAUGUAUAGCUCGAUCUAUUCGAUGCGACAAGAGCUGGAUCGCAUGAGGAAGCCAGUUGGAACUAGGGAAAAUCCGGGGCGAACUUGUCGAGAUUUACACUACGGUCAUCCACAGUUCACGGACGGCUGGUACUGGAUUGAUCCAAACCUCGGAAUGGCAGAUGACUCUGUCUACGUUUUCUGUAACAUGACAGCCGAAGGUGAAACCUGCGUUUUCCCAGAUCUGCACAGUUCACAGAUGCCCAAUAUUCCUUGGAGGAAGGAAAAUGACAGAACGGAAUGGUACUCGAAUCUCAGAGGAGGUUUCAGGAUUUCAUAUGAAACAGUGGGCGUCGUUCAGAUGACAUUCCUGCGAUUACUAUCACAAGGAGCGUAUCAAAACUUCACGUACACCUGCAUGAAUGGCGUUGCUUGGUACAGUACUGAAGAGGAAAAUUAUGACAAUGCCAUCCGAUUCCUGGGCGAUAACGAGAUAGAUAUUGGUUAUGAAAACACAAAACUGCGACCCAAUGUGCUGGCCGAUGGUUGUAAAACUGGCAAAUCGAAGAGCGAAACCGUCUUCCAGAUUCGUACCAAUAAACUACAGUAUCUGCCGAUAAUCGACUUUUAUCCGGUAGACUAUGGUCAACCUCAGCAAGCAUUCGGCUUCCAAGUGGGACCGGUGUGCUUCAAAUAAAUAGAAUAACUCGAAAACCAAUGCUACACUGAAUGGUGACGAUUGUAUUUGCGAACAAUUAAGCAUUUUCUGUACAGCAUAAAAGUAUUCCUAUAAAUUGUAACUUAUUUUAUGAUAGACAAUUAAGUAAACUAGCAAAUACACUCAUACACACAAUUAGGAUAAACUGGGGAACUACAUUACUCUUAGGAUAGAAUGAAACUACAAAGGACUGAAUAACAUCAUAAGUCAGGAGGGAAUCUACGAUAAAAACAUCAUCUUAGUUGUAAACUAUAUACUUGUUGUAUGUACACACACGAAAAUACACUCAUACAAUCACUGCCGAAGACCUGAUUCUGUUUUUUUUUUUAAAUAAAACGAUUC